UCAGUCAACCAAUCAGUCAGUCGUACGAGAAAAGCUCCAGCGAAUGGACCUAGAACGGCGACGAAAACGUGAGCCAACAACGACAACGGCGAGUGACACGGCACCAAAUGCUGCACCACAAUCGGUUGGGGAUCAGCAGCAACAUUAGGAUUUGCAACAACCAUCAGCAGCACCUUGCGAAGGAGGACACAGCUGAUUUUUGGGGACCUCCCGAAGAAAGUUGCUGGAACCUGGAGCAACCUCGAGGAGUUGAAGGAGCAGCCCAGUUGGAUUCAGUGCUGAUGAGCUAGCCCCGGGAAAGGUUAGGAUCAGUGAAAAUGUACGCGAUAGGCCGUAGUUCCGUAGGACGAUUCGAAGGUAUCAAUAUACUAGCAAUGCGAAAAUUCGCUCGGUGAAAUGAACAACUUGCCGAAGAUAUUGGGGUGACCAAAAAGGUGCAAGCAACUUCAGUGUGCGUGUGUGUGAGCCAGAAGAAAAGUGACGAAGAAGAAAAAAAAAGUGCUUUAACUCCAAAUGGUCGGAGGUUAGCGAGUAGGUUCGAACAGAAGAUCUACGAGAGUAGCUGCUGAACCACCCGAGACGAAAACGGAGGACACAAGGCGGCCGGACUCAGGGGUGUAGCUAGAGGUUCCCGAACAAAAAUACACAUCCCUGCCCUGCCUCUCCGCGGAACAUCUCGGUGUGGAACCAUCAUGAAUUCGUAUCGAAUGGAGCACAUAAAUUAGCAACAGCAACAUCCAGCUUUUACCUCAAUUUUCCAACAACACUAAAAAAAAAGAAAGUAAAACGCAACUAAAGCAAAAACGAGAAUUGAGAUCACUUUUUGCGCGAGAGCAAAAAGGUAAAACCUAUACAACACAACACAUUCACACCAUCGGAGGAGCAGAGGGAUAAAUAAACGACAUCCACGACCUCUCUACUCGAAACGCAAAAUCCAACGCUUGGAAUAACCAAAAGCAAAAAAAAAUCGAAAAGUAAAUCGAAACGGAAAACCAAAAAUUCCGAAUUCCGUUCCGAAUACAAACGAACAAGAAGGAGCCACACAAUUGGAGGAACCAACAUCUAUACCAACCAAACAAGAGAGAAACGACGAGAAAAAAAAACCAAAAGCAAAAUGUCCGGAAUCAUGUCGCUGGAUAUCAAAGUGCCGCAUCUGAGAUGCCCCUCGUUAGGUGUCCUCAUACUGACGCUUAACUUGGCGCUGUUUCUGCCUCAGACUAUUAAUAGGACACCACCAUACGUGCUUGCAGGGAGUGGUGGUGGAAGUAUGCUCGGAGAUGUAAAUAUUUCGGCCAUUCUAGACUCCUUCAGCGUUGGUUAUGACAAAAGAGUAAGACCAAACUAUGGAGGACCGCCGGUUGAAGUGGGAGUCACCAUGUAUGUGCUGUCUAUCAGUUCGCUGUCAGAAGUUAAAAUGGAUUUCACAUUGGAUUUCUACUUUCGACAAUUUUGGACUGAUCCCCGUUUAGCUUACAGAAAAAGGCCGGGCGUAGAGACACUGUCAGUCGGAUCUGAGUUCAUUAAGAACAUUUGGGUACCGGACACGUUUUUUGUAAACGAGAAACAAUCAUACUUUCACAUAGCGACUACUAGUAAUGAAUUUAUAAGAAUACAUCAUUCUGGAUCUAUAACUAGAAGUAUUCGAUUAACAAUCACAGCAUCAUGUCCAAUGAAUUUACAAUAUUUUCCAAUGGAUAGACAAUUAUGCCAUAUAGAGAUAGAAAGCUUCGGAUACACGAUGCGAGAUAUCCGAUAUAAAUGGAAUGAAGGCCCCAAUUCAGUCGGAGUCUCGAGUGAAGUAUCUUUGCCUCAGUUUAAGGUUUUGGGACACCGUCAGCGUGCUAUGGAAAUCAGUCUCACAACAGGAAAUUAUUCACGUUUAGCAUGUGAAAUACAGUUUGUACGUUCGAUGGGUUAUUAUCUCAUUCAGAUUUACAUACCAUCCGGAUUGAUUGUAAUCAUAUCGUGGGUAUCAUUUUGGCUAAAUAGAAAUGCUACACCAGCACGUGUUGCAUUAGGUGUAACCACUGUCUUGACAAUGACAACACUGAUGUCGUCAACGAAUGCUGCCUUACCGAAAAUAUCUUAUGUAAAAUCGAUUGACGUAUAUUUAGGCACAUGCUUCGUCAUGGUAUUUGCCAGUCUGCUGGAAUACGCCACUGUCGGUUACAUGGCGAAGCGGAUACAGAUGCGCAAGCAGCGCUUCAUGGCAAUCCAGAAGAUCGCCGAACAGAAGAAGGCCCAGGCGGCGGAAGCCAACCAUCCCCCGCCGCCGCCCCCGGUUAGCGACCACAGCCACGGUCACGGCCACGGGCACAGCCACGGCCACCAGCACACGCCGAAGCAGCAGAUGGGCAGCCGUAGCGGUACGAUGUCCAAUGUGCCCCCCCAUAAUCUAGCGGGAUCACGAGGUUGUUCUAUUGUAGGUCCACUGUUCCAAGAGGUGCGCUUUAAGGUGCACGACCCGAAGGCGCACUCGAAAGGUGGCACGCUGGAGAACACGAUCAACGGAGGGCGCGGUGGCGGUGGUCCACCGGGGCCACCCCCACCGGGCGGAGGUGGCGGAGGGCCGGACGAGGAAUCGGGUGCACCGCAGCAUCUGAUACACCCGGGAAAGGAUAUCAACAAGCUGCUCGGCAUCACACCCUCGGACAUCGACAAGUACUCUCGGAUCGUGUUUCCGGUGUGCUUCGUGUGCUUCAACCUGAUGUACUGGAUCAUCUAUCUGCACGUGAGCGAUGUGGUGGCCGACGAUCUGGUGCUGCUCGGCGAGGAGAAGUAAACAACGCAGUCAGCAGCAAAGAAGAAGAACGAAGAGGACGAAUGAUCGACGAAGUUCAGUCAGAGAACGAUGGGCUCGACUCGACGGAGAAACUGUUGUAGAAAGCUAUGUAGAAAGUGUUUGCGGGAAAGGGAGAUGAAACGUGUUACUAUAAUAACUACUACUGUAGAUGCUGGCAGAUGGGCGCGAAAAAUUAAAGGGAAUUUGAGGGAGAGCAACCACACUUGAAACAGAGAUACACUUUUUAAACACAAACAUUGAACACAGAACAUAAAACACAUUGACACUUGGAGACAGCGAAGAUCGGAGGAAAUUAGGGGGGAUGUAAGCUACACCUGAGAGGAUUGAGGAUUAAAAAUUGAAACUAAACAUAAUGUGGAUAUGAAAUUGUUAGGAUUCAUUUGUACCUUUUUAAAAGUUUAAAUUUUUUUUAUACGUAUACAAAAUUCAAACCCGAAAAGAUGAUCAAAUGCUAUAGAUUUAAUGAAAAUUUAACCAAAGUGUAACGCGAGAGAAGGACGAAGCAAGCUUUUCCUAGUUCAGAGCACACAGAACAAACCAAACAGACACACAUUUGUCGAACUGCAAGAAACAUCGCCGAGAGAGAAGAAUAGAGAGCGAAAGUAGACAUUCAGAACGUGAGGAGCGAACUUGAAGCUGAUGUAGUGAAAAUAAGGUUUACAAAAGUGAUGAGACAGAACAGAAAACUGGUGAAUUGAAUCGACACGUCUAGUUGCGUAUUACUUAAUUGACUAUAGAUUGAACAGCAGCUCUAACAUCAAACUAUCAUCAAUUUAAACUUUUACAGAUUCACGAAUAAAAACAUCAAACAUGCAGCACACCACACAAAUCUCACUUACACGUUUGUUUCGUGCGUCUCUUAGAAUUAGGGAUUAGCAUAGGUUUUUAUUUUUGUUUUUAAUUUAAAAAACUGUAAUACCAUGCAAAAUAGUUCAACGACAUCAUUUGUGUCCGUAUUGUCUUCACUUUUACAAACAAUAAUGUUGAGAUUUCGAGGCGUUUUCUAAUUUUUGCAAAACUGCACUCAAGUGAGCCUAAAAUGUAUGAGCAGGUGUCCAAGAAAUCUUGUAAAACGGAAAUGUAUUUUUCAGCAUGACGAGGUUCGAUUUGCCUCCCGGGAAGAGUUGGGUCAGUAAUAAAGCCACCCAAACGUAACUGGAACGUGAAGGAAGGACACCCUACGAAUGGGGACAAUUCUAAUCACAACCAACCUUGGCAGGACCCAAACCACCAGUCCACACUGAAGCCGAUGCCCGAAAUUGCGAAUAGUAAAAAACUCGUCCGUUUUCUCGACGACCGUGUACGUGCCACCGAAAAAAGUGGAAGGUAAAUCAACCAUCGAAGGUCAUGCCCAAUAAAAUCUUCAUCGUAAAAAAACAGCAGCUGUUCCUCGACGUUCGAACGCUUUGCUGCAGAAAAUAUCGACCUGAAGGCAAAGCAACUUCAAAACGGACGACCCAGAAGUGGUCACCAAGCAAGCCCAAGUGGUGCAAUUCAUCGACAAGUUAAAACAAAAAAAAAUGAAAGGCCCAGAAUCAACCGACACCCUCCCUCCAUGGCGAAAAGAGCGAAGCGAAGAACCUGCAGCUGACCUCAGAAGCAGGAGGAUUUCGUAACAGGUCGUAAACUAAAAUUGUCUGCAAUCUCAACGCCUCGCACAGCUCAUCUGUUUGCGAAAUUGAAGAACCCGACAUUAAAAAUUAUUACGACGACCUUAGGCCUUGGCUUGGUCUCGGGGUUGACGAAGGAAAACCCCUUUUUGGAAAAUGACUCAUAAAAGCAAAUGCGGAGCAACAGAAACCAGAAGGAGGAAACCCUUUUUCCCAGCUCGGAUGCGAAUAUUAAUUAUUAAACCAGCAAAUGCCUGUAAGAGCUGGCGACAAAAGUGAAAACAAGUCUUAGCCGAAACAGCUUCCAAUUGCCAAAAGCGAGUUAUGAACAAGUUGAUGUUGUACACGGUAGGGCACAUUAUUGUUAGCUAAUUUGAUUAUUUGAACAGCGCUUAAUCGACAAUUCCUCCAUUUGAAUACCGAAUCUCAGUUCCGAAUCUGAGUUCCGAGUCCAAGUCUAAGUCAAAGUUUCAAAUCCGAGUUCCGAAUCUGAGUUUCUUUUCUGGAUACCAACUCUGAGCUUCGAAUCUGAGUUCCGAAUCUGAGUUCUGAGUGCCGAUUUUUAGUUUCGAAUCUGAGUUUUGAAUCAAAUCGGAGUCUGCACUCUGAAUCUUAAUUCCAAGUCUGAAUUUCGAAGCUUAAAUUCGAAUUGAAUCUCCGAAUCUAAGUUCCGUAUACCAGUUCCGAAUCUGAUUUCCGAAAAAAAAAUCGAAUUUGAGUUUCAAAUCUGAGUUCCUAAUCCGAGAUUCGAAUUUGGAUUCCGAAUCGAAACUUCAAAUCUGAAUUUUGAAUCUGAAUCUUCCAGGUACUUCCAAAUCUGAAUUUCGAAAAAGAGAUUCGAAUUUGAGCUUCGAUUCUGAAUUCCAAACUCGAGUUUUGAUUCGAAUUCCGAAUCGAAACUCAAAAUCUGAAUUUUGAAUCUUAAUUCCGAUACUGAAAUCAGAAUCUGAACUCCAAAGCAUGCCAGGUACUUUCGAAUCUGAAUUCCAAAUCUGAAUUCAGAAUCUGAAUUUCUAACCUGAGUUUUGAAACUGAGCUCCGAAACAGAGUUUCAAAUCUGGAAUGCGAAACUAAGCUUUGAAUCUAAGUUCCUAAUCUGAAUUCCGAAUUCCAAGUCGAAAUUCUUAAUUUUGAGUCUGAAUUCCAAAUCUGAAUUCCAGAGCAUUCCAAGUAUGUACUUCCGAAUCUAAAUUCCGAAACUACGUUCCGAAUCUGGAAUCCGAAUCUGAAUACUCAAUCUAAGUUCUGAAUCUAAGCUUCGAAUCUGAGUUCCGCAUCUUGAUUCCGAAUCUGAACUUCGAAUCUGAGUUCUAAUCUGAGUUUCAAAUCUGAGUUCCGAAUCUGAAUUUCGGGUCUGAAUUCCGAUUCUGAAAUCCAAAUCUGAUUUCCCAAUUUGAGCUUCGAUUCUGAGUUUCUGAACUGGGUUCCUAAUCUGAGCUUCGAAUCUGAGUUUCGUAUUUGUGUUCCGAAUCUAAAUUCCGAACCUGAACUCUGAAUCUGAACUCCGAAUCUGAGUUCUGAAUCUGAGUUUCGAAUCUGAAUUUUGAUUCUGAUUUCCAAGUCGGAAUUCAGAAUCUUAAAGCCGAAUCUGAGUUUCUAAUUUGAGUUUUAAAUCUGAAUUUCGAACCUGAGUUCCUAAUUUGAGCUCCGAAUCUGAAUUCAAAAACUGAGUUCCGAAUCUGAGUUCUGAAACAGACCUCCUAAACUGAAUUUUAAAUCUGGAUUUCGAAAUCUGAAUCUUUAAUUCUAGUUACAAAUCUUUGUUCUGAAUUUCGGUUUUUGAACCUAAAUUGAAAAUCUUAACUUAACUUAAAAAUAAAAUGAAGAUAUAUUAUGAAAAAUUUGGAUGUUACAUUAAUAUUUUAUUCCAGAAAAUUGAUUCAAUCCACAAAACUGCUAGCAAAACGCAACCGUAAGUCGAGCAUUCUUGUCAGGAAUGAGAACCAGUUUAUAAUGUGUGUCUUUUGUUUGUUUGCAUCGUAUUCGAGAAAAAAAGUUAAACACAUCUCCAACAACCCUAUCCGGUUAAAAUUUCACAAUGUUACAAGAUGGUUGGGCGUUAAUCUGUUAUCCGAUUCAAAAUUUGAAACGUUAUAUUGGUAUUUUCUCAGUUCGUUCAAGCUGCCACUGCUCUGAAACAUUCCUCUAGAACUGACUAGACCACUUAAUUGGUAUACGUAAAUCUAUGUAACUGUGUGGGUUUACGUUACCCGCACAGUUAUUCCGUCCUCUAACAGUGAAAUUGAUCUAGGCGCAUGACUUUUUAACCUAAAAACGCCCAUCCAUCUCUAGACGUGUAACGGUAACGACCCAUCCGGAUCCUCUUAAAACACAACUACAGAUGAAACACAGAACUCACUAACACAUUCAAAUUCAGCCAAAAUCAGCUACAGCAGCAGGCACGAUCUCACAUAUACACACACGUUCACAUUAAUACAAAAGCAAAACACAACAGGCAUCAGUUCCAUCAAUGUAUAUUGUUGAAUCCAAAUUUUACACUUACACAAACAGAAUAGAGAAUCGAAGAAAAAACAAACUAAAAAGAACAACAGCAACUAAUCAGUGGUAGCAUGAAAAUUUGAUGAAAAAAACAAAAAUAGCAACUAGUUAAGAGAUAACAAAAAAAAACAACCUUAGAAAUAAACAGAAGAAGUGGAAAAAGCGUAUGUUUAAGAUAUUUACUCGUCAAAUAUCUGUAGAUUAUGUGUCUUUUCACUCGUUUCAAUUGAAAUUUAUUUUUCAAUUGAAACAGACAAAAAACAGAACUGCUCAAUUAUUUUUCAUGAGAAAAAAACGAGAAGAAAAACAUGUGAAUAAGUAAAUUUUUAAUAAGAAAAAAAAAUGGCAUGAUAAAAGCGCAUAUUUAUACUUUUAAUUUAUAGUCUAUGAAAAUAAACUAAAUAAAAAAAACUAGAAUGUUGCGAAAAAAACAAAAUACCAGUGAAUUCGUAGGGUUCGAGCUAGUGACGUGUUUAUAAGUGACAUUAUUAAGACAACCUGAAGCAAAGGAUGCAAUACUUAUUAAGUUUUUACCUUUUUCCCGGAAGCAAAAAGAAGCAAAAAUGAGAAAAAAUAAACUAGAUUAUAAAAUAAUACCAAAAAGCUCCAACUAACAACAAUGAAAAAAAAACGUUACAUUUUUAAUACUAACAAAAACCUCCACGAAUUGAGACAAAAUACACACGAUAUAUUACAAAAAAAAAAAAACAACAUAUUAAAACUAGUUGUUCACCAAAGCCUAGAAAAACGCGAUACUGCACUCGAAUUAAAUGAAAAAAGCGUCACCAGAAUUUAAAAAAAAACAUCAUGUUUAAUUUUCGUUUACUUCCAACCGUUUGUGAUUAAUGUAGAGAAUCAUGAAAACCUAGAGGAAAAAACAAAAAAAAUCAAACACACACACAAACAUUCAUACACAAAUAACAACAACAAAACAUAAUCCAGUGGUUAUAUUUUACACUCGCCUUGCACUGUGAUACGAUGCGAUGGUUACCAGCCGCUUCCACUUGUCACGUGCCACUAACCAAACCAAACCGAGAGCAACCAACACAGAAACACUUCAGAAACGCGCACGUGUCAACUGGCACGAGGUACAGAUUGACGUAAUUUUUACCCGAAGCAAUUUCAGUGUCCACACCACCACAACCAGCACGUUUAUUGUGACUUGCCCACUUUUGAAUGUAGUCGUCAUUUUCUUCCAAAUACCAAAACGAAAAACUCUCACGCACCUGCAAAUAGACUCACCAAAAGCCAUUAUUCACACAGACCCACAUUUUGCAUCCAUUCUGGCCGGACUCAGACACGCUAAAGUUGGUGCAGUCAAAUUUGUCGUUAUUUAAACCACUUGAGCAAACGUCAAAUUUGAUGCCAAUGGAUUGCCGUAUGGAGUGCUCCUAUUUUUCAAAUCAUUCUAAGUUGUUCGAAAACCAUCCACUUAUAAGACUUAACUGUGGCACGCUAGCGAAACGCUAGAACAAAAUAAAAUCACCAAAAUGAGCGCACCUAAGUAUGAGAAAACAACUACCGUAGAGUUACGAUUUUGGUCCAAGGCAAAUGUUUUUGUACUGGCCUCUAUUUUCGCUUCAGUAGUUAAGCUCUUCCAGUAGGCAUUAAAAAUUUCCUUAUACAAAAUGACAACAAAACAAAAUAGAGAGCGCGAUGGAAUCGAAGUAACCGAACAAAAAAAAACAACAACUCGAAUAGUAAUGAUUAACCAUUUUCCUCUUCACGAACUAAUUACUACUACUACUACUUCUAUACUUUACACACCAAAUCAGCUCUCAUUUCUCACCUUAAAAACGAACGAUAAAACUUUUUCUCGCAGCAAUCAGUUCACAUCUCACUCAUACCAACAUGCAACCCGUUAGUCUCUCUUUUCUCCGGCAUUCAGGGAAUCGGAAUACGAAUUCUAUUGGAUCGCAAACAAAAUGGAACCCACUGGAGCGGAGGCAAAUUAACUCAUUCACACAUAAUUAUUGAUAAAAAAAAAUGGAAGAAGAAGAAACAUGAUGUAAAUAAACUCGGUAGUCUGUAAUUCGUUUAAACUGCAAAAAAACAAAUAGUAGGCAAAUGGAAUUCGAAACACUUUAGUAACACAAAUACACACUUAUACAUUCUUCUAGUACACACACAAAUAAGCAAAGAAAAAAAACAUUAAAAAAACAACACUCUUUCUUGGGGAUGAGAAAAAUCAAAAGGUAACUAGAAGCAAGGGAGAGGUGGAGCGAAAGGAAGAGCGCGCAGAUGAAAAGUGGGAGAUGUGAUUGCUUUUGGCAGCGAUGCCGUUACAAGAGUAUUGCAGAAAGAGUCAGAAAACGAACAACCAAAAACAGUAGCGAAAAUUCAAAAAACCAGAUGUAUAAGUAAGUGUUAAAUACUCACUGUACUUAUCUAUAAGAAUUUAAAGGAAAAGAAAAAAAUACAAAAAAGAGCAAAGUAAAUAAAAUAUAUACACAAUAUAUUAAUAUAUGAGGAAAGUAUAUAUAUCGCAACACAAGAAAAAUUCUAAAUAAAUAUAAAUUUUUUAUAUAGGAACGUAAUAUGCAACCAAACAAUUCAAUAAAAGAAUACAAAAAUAUCGUUCAUAUUAUAUUUGUAAAUAUUUUAGUUUGACAAAAAAAAUGAAUCACCCUAAUGUACAUUCAAUUUCAAUGCACAAAAAAGAUAAAAGAAAUUCAGAUUAGCAUAACAGAAUUAUAUGGAGACAAAUGAAACAACCAACUUCGAAAAAGGAAGCAUUACACACGAUAUUCGUAUCCUUCGAACAGAGCUCUCUGAAGUUAAACGAAAAAAAAAGUUAAUUUUGGUUCAAUUUCAUACCAAACUCAAACACACAUAUUCGAGCAACACUUAUACACAGUCACUCACUCACACGCUUACAGAAUACCAGUAAAAAUAAUUGAAAACCAGCUCUUCGGUGAAAUCGACGUUUAGGCAAAGGAUCAGAAUUUCCCGGUGAUGAACCAUCAUAGCAAAUCAUUUCUUCUGAAAAAAUUCCAAUUCCCAAAACCAUAGUCUCUCAAGGUUAAACCCCGAACAUUUUCGGACCUUUUGCCAGGCGAAUUUCACCGUUGAGCAAAACAGCCAUUAGUUCAAUAUUUAAACGUAACCGGACAAAAAGUACUACUAGCGAAAACAAAGUUUAUUCAAAAUAGACUUGAAAAUCCAAGAUUUAAAAACAAACAGAAAAAAAACCAACAACAAGUAAACAAAAAAACACAUACGCUCUGAUACGAAAACAAACCAGAAAAAAAAUCAAGCAGCAACUUGCAGGCAACCAAGUGCAGUAACAAAAAAAAUUAAGGAAAAACACGUUCUAGAAUAUCUAUUGUUAUGAAUAAAGAAAAACAAACAGAAACUAAUUUGUUUUGUUUAGGUGAAACCAAAUAUAUCCGUUUUCAUUUAUUAUUCCGUUGAGUAUUUUUAAAAAGAACAAACAAAAAAAACCGACUAAGCAGAAAGAUGAGUUAAUUCCAACUCAAAAAGGCAAGCAAGCAAGUAUAACAGAAAAAAACCGAAUCGCCGAACGGUUGACGCAAAGACGCUGCCUGGGGCGAAGGCAGACUUUCAAAAAUAAAAAAGGAGUGCCCUCCUAGCGAGGGAAAGAGCAGCCGCCAUUCGAAGAGCGGCGACCGAACGAGCCCAAAAACAAAUCGGCACUCUUCAUUCAUGCGCUUUAUAGGCAAAGGAAGCUACCAAAAAAAAACAGAACAGAACAGAACAGUAAAACGCUGGAGGCAGUCAGUCAGACAGAGAAAAAAACGAGAGAUAGAAAACAUGUAACGUUUCGUCAACAAAAAAAACAGUUAUAAGAAAAA